AAAUUUCUUUUUCUUUCUCUUGUUUUUCUAUUUUCAUCAUGGCAUUUUUUUCUUCUUUUCGACUCUUGUUUAGUAAAAAAGAUAAAAGGUCGUCUACAGCUACCAUUGAAUCAAGUAGUAAAAGCAGAAAAAACACACAAUUAUUGUGUAAUCAGUCGCAUGCCAGAAACUAUUCUUUAACAGGCUCAACACAUUCAGUCAACCAAACAUCAAGUACAGGCACCAAUUUUCAAUUCAAGGACGGCCGAAGAUAUCAUGGAGAUACAGAUAUUGCUUAUUUGUUACCUACAGAUGAUGAUGAAGCCGAUCGUGUGCAUCAACAACAUUGGAUUCUUCGUUAUGCGUUACAAUGUAACUAUCAGGCACCUGUUUCAGCAUGGUUAGAAAAAGGUAUCUCUGUAUUAGAUGCUGGCUGUGGUCCAGCCACCUGGACAUUUGAGAUGGGAGAACAAUACCCCAACUCAAAAAUCUAUGGUGUUGAUGCAGCCUGUGUGUUUCCUGAAAACAUUAAACCAGCUAAUGUCGAAUUUGCAAUUGGAAAUAUUGCUAACAAAAUCCCUUUUCCUGAUAACACAUUUGAUUAUAUUCAUCAACGUCUACUUGUCUUUGGUAUGACAAACGAGGAUUGGGAAAAUGCAUUAAAAGAGCUUUACCGCGUCUUGAAACCAGGAGGUUAUGUAGAGUUAGCAGAGCCAGACUUGCAAAACCUUCAUUGUGUUGGCCCUUUGUUGCAAAAACUACAACAGCAGAUGUCUGCCAUGCUUGAAUCUCGAAAUAUGCCACCUAGAAUUGCGUCUGAAUUAGAAGAUCGAUUGACUAAAGCAGGAUUUGUGAAUCAAGUGUUGAAUGUCACACCACUAAAGUUAAAUCAUACAGACAAAGCAGGUGUUCUGUUAUGGGAUGAUUAUAAACAUGCUUAUACUAAUGUUCGACCUGCGGUGGCAGCUAUCACACCUGAAUGGGAGGACCCAGAAGAAUUUGAACGCUAUAUUGAUGCUUGUGGGAAAGAAGCCACUCAACAAAAGACAUGCAUCAACUGGUUUGCUUGCUAUGCUCAAAAGCCUCAUGAAGAAUAAUAAUAAUAAUAAUGAUAAUAAUAAUAAUAAUGAUAAUAA